GGGUCUCUUCUAGGGGUGUGUGCAUCACAUCACAUCACAUCAUACACUACAACACAGAUCAGACAUCACACAUCAUCCCACGGCAGGUCACGGAGGAGCAGUACAUCACUCGCCUUUAAAACCGACGCGUUAAAGCAACAUUCUCACGAUCGCGCCAUUCAAAGCGUUCAACGGCGCGUUCGUCCCCAAACACAAGCCCGCAGUCCUGCAUGACAGAAGUGGGUUUUAACACCGGACAAUGACAGUGAGCCAGAGCAGGAGAUAGGGAUGGAUGCGAGAGUGUGCAGGAUGCUCGUCCUGGUCGGUGUGUUCGCGCUGUGGCUGCCGGUGACCGCGGAGGUGAAUGGAGAUGACAGCUACCUGAAUGCUGUGCAGAAUACAGUUCCUCUGUCCUGCUCGGAGGGAUUUACUGAGUUGGGUUACUACAAUGGCACCGUAUCUCAGACCGACUCCGGUUCGCCGUGUUUAAAGUGGACCGAGUUUCCGGAUUACGUGCAGCAGUAUCCGGGCAGGGGUCUUGGAGAGCACAAUUUUUGUCGAAAUCCUGACCGUGAGUCCAACCCAUGGUGCUUUUUCAGACAGAGCUCAGGGGCCAUCGGAUGGGCCUACUGCGACUGCCACCAGGGAGCGGUCAGGUUAGCGGGGGGCUCGUCCACUAAGAGCGGCCGUCUAGAGGUCUACCUGAAUGGCCAGUGGGGGUCUGUUUGUGACACACACUGGACGGACCGCGAUGCCACCGUGGUUUGCCGACAGCUUGGACUGGGUGAGAUUGGCACAGCUCUCCAGCACUCAUAUUUUGGCCCCGGCUCCGGGCUCUUUCACUACGCCCGCCUUGGCUGCCGAGGCGAUGAGAAAUCCCUGCUGGACUGCCGGAGUAGGAAAUUUGUCACUAGCGACUGUAACCAUGGAAACGAGGCUGGAGUGGUGUGCGAACCACCUGAAGGCAAUGGACCAUCGCUGCGGUUGGUAGGAGGAGAGGAAGACUUUGAGGGUCGUGUGGAGGUCUUCCAUGAGGGACGCUGGGGUACCGUCUGCGAUGAUCAAUGGGACGACAUGGAUGCCGAGGUGGUCUGCAGGCAGCUCGGACUGGGUGGCAUUCCCAAGGCCUGGUCAUGGGCUCAUUUUGGGCAGGGCAGUGGGCCGAUCCAGUUGGACGCAGUGCAGUGCACAGGCAAUGAGCUUUCACUGGAUGAGUGCCGUCACAGUGGAUGGGAACAACACAACUGUGAUCAUAUGGAAGAUGCCGGGGUGUCAUGCAACCCCUACACAGAUGGGGUGGUGAGACUGGUAGAUGGUGAUAACCCAUGGGAGGGUCGUCUGGAGGUCUAUCACUCCGGGGACUGGGGCACAGUGUGUGAUGACAGCUGGAAUGAGCAGCACGCACAGGUGGUCUGUAGACAGCUUGGAUUCAGGGGCAGUGCAGAGGUUGUGCCAACUGGAGUGUUUGGAGAAGGAACGGGACUGAUUCUGUUGGAUGAUGUGGAGUGUGAGGGUAGCGAAGCCUCUUUGCUGGAGUGUAAACAUGGCGUUUGGGGUCGGCAUGACUGCUCACACAAUGAAGAUGUUGGAAUACGCUGCCACAGGGCAGAAAACAAUGAGGUCCCACUAGCUCCAGAAACUACUGGGCCACUGGUACGAUUGGCAGGCGGCGACAACAGGAAGGAGGGCAGGGUGGAGGUGUUUCUCAACGGCGAGUGGGGCGGAGUCUGCGAACGUGGCUGGAAUGAUGUCAAUGCUGCCAUCGUCUGCAGACAGCUUGGAUUCACCGGGGUGGCCAAAGCCCGCCCGAUGGGUUAUUUCGGAGCAGGGAAGGGGACCAUCCAACUAACCAAUGUGAGGUGCACAGGGAAGGAGUCGUUUCUCGGAGAGUGCCCUGCUAAAGGACAAGAAAGCCACGUGUGUAAGAACGGGCAGGAUGCAGGUGUAAUGUGCGAUUAUCUGCCCGAGCCGGAAGCUGAUAUAGCUGUGGUGGGCACACUCACCUGUGGUUUGAGGGCUGGCGCUGAGAGACGCAGCAAGAGGAUUGUGGGAGGAUAUAAAUCGGUCAGGGGUGACUGGCCCUGGCAGGCGUCUCUAUGGCUCAAAUCUCAGUCGAAAGGGAAUCAUCCUCUAUGUGGAGCUACUCUGAUAAACUCCUGCUGGCUGCUCACAGCAGCUCACUGCUUUAAACGUUUUGGAAGUGACACCUCUCGGUACUUGGUGAAGCUCGGCGAUUACCAUACGCAGGAGCAGGACGACUUUGAGCGUGUGCUUUCUCCAGAGCGCAUCCAGGUGCACAAGAAGUAUCGAACAGAGAGCUGGGAGCAUGACGUGGCUCUGAUCCGGCUGAAGGGGACGGAGGGAAAGUGCGUGGCCUUUAAUCCCCACACGAACGCUGCCUGCCUACCCGCACCUGGCAGCAAGUGGGGCAAGAGACCUGGGUCGUGUGUCAUCACCGGCUGGGGAGUGACUGACACAGACCAUCCUAACACUCUCCUCCAAGCCUGGGUCCCUCUUUUGCCCCCGUGGCAAUGCAAGAAGCGCUACGGUGAGCGUUUCACCAGCCACGACAUGCUGUGUGCUGGCACCAUGACCUCUGACCUCCGAAAGCAUGGCGACAGCUGCCAAGGUGACAGCGGGGGUCCGUUAGUGUGUCAGGGUGAGGCAGGGCGCUGGGUACUCACAGGGGUCAUUUCCUGGGGUCACGGCUGCGGUGACCCCUCGUACCCAGGUGUAUAUUCACGGGUCAGCCGUUACCUGCCGUGGAUCGAACAGGUCACGCACAGCACCGCUCCUCUCCAGCACUAAAUCUUCCUGAAACCGUCCGCGCGUGACACUUCUGAGCAACAGGACUCUUUGAUGGAGAAACAGGAGUUUGAAAAUGUUCGACAUCAUUCUGCUCUACGCUUCGACCUCCCUGCCCUCUGCGAAAGCCCUGAAUCUAAUCCCAAUCUGUACAGUUCAACUGUAGGUAGUCUUUAGCAUUUAGAGAUUAGAAUCUUUUUCUCGCUCUCAGAAAGACAUGUAGUGUCUGUGAAAGGUUUCGUACAUCUAUGACAAUGUAGAUAGAACGACCAGUGUGAUGUUAAAGGAACAGUUCACCAAAAAUCGAAUGUUCAGUCAUCAUUUACUCUUUCUUUAAUGGAGCACAACAUGUGAAGGAAUGUGCUGGCCAUCAUACAUUUUUUUCAGAUUUUUAUAUACUUAUUCAUUCAACUAAAACACAUCAGCUGUGACCAAUUGUCAUUGAUGAUUUUGUCUGAGGUUACAAAUGAUGGCAUGCACAGUUUGAAUAUAUAUGAAUGAAAUAUGAAAAGAGAAUAAAGGUGAACACGUAGGUUAGCAAAUGAUGACAGACUUCUCAUUUUUGGUUGAACUGUACCUUCAAAAGAAUUGGCCGAUUUAUAUUGUGCAUUUAAAUCGUAGUGCUGUCCAGAGGCUGCAGUGCAUGUUUAUGUAUGUAUCGUAUUCAAAAGCCAUUCAGUGCAGCUGCCCAAGCCUUCUGCAUGGUAGAGAAAGGUAGCAUAAGCUCUGCACAAGCAGGUUCAGUUCUUAUCUUGUGGUUUUGCCGCAGAAGAAAACUGAAUGGAUUCCUCUGGGGGUUCUGCGUCUUUUAUUUAACAGAAUGCUCAGACUCGGUGUUGUGAAUUAGACAUUUAGAAACAGUCCCCAUAAAUCGCACAGGAAUUUUUUUUACUUGCCUUUAAAGCCAUAAGUCUUCUAUACAUGUAGUGUGAAAGUGCAACAUUAUUUUGAAGCCUUGUUUUUAUAUCAUGACAUUAAUAUUAAGCUCUUCACAUUCAUUUACGUGCUACGCUCAAAAAUCAAAGACUCUGUAAAUGUUGAUUUUAAUCUCAGUAGACGUUUAGGGCUUAGGUGGCAUUUUAGAAUCAUAAUAGCGAAUAGCCUAACGUGACUUUUGUCUUUUGAUCAGUUUGGUUUAGUCUGUAAUGGUGUUUUAAUGCAAUGUACAUGCAUUAUUGCGAUUAAUAAUUGCAAUUUCGCCUCUCCCAGGGGUGAAAUCUAGAGCGAGUGAUGUAUAACAUGAUCAAUAAUGAAGUGCAAAUUGCCUAACGUGACUUUUAUUUUAUGGGCUAUUUGAAUCAGUUUGUAAUGGUGAUUUGAUACGAUGUGUCAUUAUGUAAAUGAAGUAUGAUAAUUGAUAAUGAUGGUUUCACAAGGGUGUAGAUCAAGAGGGUUUCUCAUUUCUAAUAUAGGACAGUGUCUACAACUUAAAUGUUAAAUGUCUGUGUUCUUAUAUUUUGUAGCAUCUGUCUCUGUUCUUUUGUUGUGAACGGUGUGUUUUUAUCCAGUGGGUGGCGAUAUUGUGUUUUUUUACUUAAAAGGAGAUCCAUUCUGUUUUGUACUGUAUAGAGAAAAUGCUCUUCAAUCUGUUUCUCAAUAGAAUUCCUGAUAAUUCAUUUGUCCAGAAAUUACUUCAGAAUUGUUUUACGAUGUAAAGAUUUUACAUUCUUGUGUCACAGAGAAAAUGUAAGUGACAAGGGCUGAUCAACAUUGGACAUAGUGACAGUAGGCAAAUAGGAAGUGACAUCACAAUUGAUGAAACAUGGCUAAGAAAAUAAUCCUAAAUAAAAUUAGUGGAAAUGGUGAAAAUUUGACUAGAUGCACAUCUGUGUUGUUAUCUCACUGCAAAAUAUGACUUAAAAAAAAGACUGUUUUUUUUGUAUGGCCAGUAUCCUCCAUUUUUAUGUUCCUUAACAUGUAAACUAUUCACUGUCACAACAAACAUCUGCACACCAUGAAACACAGGCAAGGUUUACUGUAAGAUUCACUUCUAAAAGCAAGCUCUUACUGUAACAUUAAAAACUUAUGUUCUGCCUGCUUUAUUAUUAAUGCAUAAUGUCAUACAAAUUAUUUUAAUAAUCUGCCUGCUGAAUUAGUUAACAGCCAUAUAUUAUUUAUAUGCUCUUAAUGUAAGUGGAGCCAUGCCUUCUGAUAGGCCUGCAAUAUAUUUGAUUGCCAUAAGAACCAGCAGGCCUAUACAUUCAAUGAUGGAUUUUGAGGAAGAGCUCAUAUUUCAAAGUACUUCUUUUUUACUUCCGUGGGACUAGUAGGAGUGGAGAUGUAUUAUAUGGAAACGGGACUGUCUUUCGAACUCCUUCCUUCUAAAGUUUAAUUUCUCUUUGUGUUUUUUGCCUGAUCUUCAAAAGCCAUCCUAAAAUGUAAAGUACACUGGCCUCCCGUGAGACCGUAUAAAGUGGCCAGUGACAGCAUCUGAGCUUAGGGACUCUUUGUCGUGGGUCUCUCUAUACAUUGGGAGUGUGAAGGGGUUUAUGUCUGUUGCAUGUCAUGCAAGCAUCUAUUUGUGUGUUUAUGAUGUUUUCAGUCAUUACCAAGUCAUAUUUUCUGUAAAAAUGCUUUGAAUAUUUUCAUGUGUGACAAGUGCCAAAAUAAAGUGACCUCUUCUUGUGUCA